AUGGAGUUCUGGAUUGAGCCACCAAUCCGCGACACGCAGAGCGUGGUCGACGAUCUAAAUACCCGCUUGCCGCCUCGUGAAGAGCCCACUGUCCUCGUCACCAGCGUUGUGAUCCUGACCUCCAGCGCUGCUCCCGUCACCUCUACGAUCGUCGUUUCUAGCGACGCGUCGGCCGGCCAGUGCUCUGCUCACCUGGCUGGUAUUUCAUUCACGAUGACGAGCCCGAACUCUGCACCGGCAUCACCCUACUUGCAAUUGCCGCCACAACCAUCAUCAGCGGCCAUGGCGGGCCGGCCUUCAGCACUCGCACUGCUACGCGUCCAACAUCAAGCUGCUAGUCCCAUGGGAUCUGUGCCAAUGAACCGGAAGCGUGACGAAGCCAGCCUGGCCUUUCGCAAUGAUAUGAGGAUUGGCGAACAGAGUUGCACUUGCUCACGUCAUGAUAUGAAAUACGAGAACAUCUUGGCUCCCCACAAAGGCUGCUCGAGCAGGAUCCUCCGUGACAGCAUCUACCGUGACAGCAGCGGCAAUGGACGUGGUGUUGGCUUCGCUCGGUUCGAUCUUCACUUCACACAACGUCGGCUCGAGUAG